CCUAGGUUAGCCGCAGGCGGCUAAAUUUUUGUUUUGACAGGAGGAAUCCCGGAAAAAUUGUUUACUAAACGUUUUUGAACAGUUUUGGUCAGCAUUUUCGACUCAUCGCUCGUAUUUUUAGUAAAAUAUAGUUCAUCCCGGUCAAAAUAUGUCGCGCAAGGAAGCCCUGUCUCAGUUCAUCAACCAAAUCCACGGCCGUCCGGUGGUGGUCAAGCUGAACAGUGGCGUAGAUUACCGCGGGGUGCUAGCUUGCCUGGACGGAUACAUGAACAUCGCGCUGGAUCAGACGGAGGAGUACGUGAACGGUCAGCUGAAGAACAAAUACGGCGAUGCGUUCAUCCGGGGAAAUAACGUGCUUUACAUUUCCACUCAAAAGAGAAGGGUUUAGGAGGGAGGUCUUUCUGCCGGGGGGUCAUUUCUUUUGUUUAAUGGAUAAGCGAAAUAAAUGUAAUAAAAUAUAA